AAUCGUAACGCCUAUUCUCCAGACACGCCCCUGUCUCCGGCCAUGCAGGCACACAGAGUAACUAUGGGAAGCAGCGGCAGCUAUUAGUCGAUGUGGGCUGUCACUCAAAACCGACCCGCCCCAACUUCUCUCAGACGGGAAGCGUUCUGGUCACAACUUCUCCAGCAGCUGUGAAGUGGGACCUCUGUGGCAUCACGCAGUACCAACGAGCAACAAACGGCCACAAUGUAAAGGAAAAGCUGCCUUACACCACUUUCUAAAAGUAGGUGUGCAGUGAAAAAGUACAGGGGUCUUCAAACGAGUGCGUAAAGUUGACGCGCAAUAAUCAGUGCGUAAACGUGAGUCAAAGUGGACAUAAGAAAACAGUUCUGCGGUGGAUGAAACGUUUUUCUCUGCGGCCAUGGAUGCGACAGUGAGUCUCCGGGGCACAAGGAAGAGCUGACGCCGUGAGAAACAAUCGUUUCGACCUGAACAGUCGAUGUCUGCCUUCCAGAGUUUGGCGACAGAGCCGCAGCGCAUCGCAGCGCACGGCGGGUAAGCAGAUGCUGCGCAGUGACUAAGCCUUACGGCUGGGAAGCUACAGAAUUGAAUUUGUCUGGACUACAUACUUCAUGUAAGAAGUAGGACAAGCACAACGCCGCACGACUAGUUCUUCCCUUCAUGCGUAGAGAGGCUUCGUCGUCCGGCACCUGGUUGUAAUGACUGAAAUAAAAAGUGCAAUUCUUCUCAAAGUCGCAGCUGGCUGAUGCCACGACUCCAGCAGAAGUUAGUGGGAAGUUUCUGUCGUUUACAUCCUUCUGUCUACCUCUCCUCAACAUGGACGAGAGUGUUGGGUGUGCUGCGGCCGACAGCUGCUCGGACGGGGAGAGCGUCAACCUCAGCGUGCUCAACUGGGAGCAAGUGCAGCGGCUGGACACCAUCCUCACCAGCUCCAUCCCCAUCCACGGCCGGUGGAGCUUCCCCACUCUGGAGAUGAAGCCGCGAGAUAUCGUCAAGGUGGUCCGCAGCCGCAUGGAGGAGAAACGGAUUCAUGUCCGGGAGGUGCGGCUGAACGGCUCCGCGGCCAGCUACGUGCUGCACGAGGACAGCGGCCUGGGAUGGAAGGAUCUGGACCUGAUAUUCUGCGCCGAGCUGAAAGGAGAGAUGGAGUUUCAGAUCGUGAAAGAUAUCGUUCUGGACUGUCUUCUAGACUUUCUGCCAGAGGGAGUGAAUAAGGAAAAGAUCACACCGGUGACCUUAAAGGUAGAAGGUGAGGCGUACGUGCAAAAGAUGGUGAAAGUGUGCAACGCCUCCGACCGCUGGAGUCUCAUCUCCCUCUCCAACAACCGUGGCAAGAACGUCGAGCUCAAGUUCGUGGACUCCCUCCGGCGCCAGUUUGAGUUCAGCGUGGACUCCUUCCAGAUCCGCCUGGACUCGCUGCUCCUCUUCUACGAGUGCUCGGAGCACCCCAUGGCCGCCACCUUCCACCCCACCAUUCUCGGCGAGAGCGUCUACGGCGACUUCCGCACCGCCCUCGGUCACCUGCGCGAGCGCCUCAUCUGCACCAGGAGCCCCGAGGAGAUCCGAGGCGGCGGCCUGCUGAAGUACUGCCACCUGCUGGUGCGGGGUUUCCGCGCGGCCUCCCACUCCGAGAUGAAGCUGCUGCAGCGCUACAUGUGCUCGCGCUUCUUCAUCGACUUCCCCGAUGUGAGCGAGCAGAGGCGCAAGCUGGAGUCCUACCUGCAGAACCACUUCCUGGACCUGGAGGACAGGAAGUACGACUACCUGGCCACGCUGUACGAGGUGGUGCAGGAGAGCACCGUGUGCCUGAUGGGCCACGAGAGGCGGCAGACGCUCAGCCUCAUCUCCUCGCUGGCGUUGCGGGUCCUCGCCGAGCAGAACGCCAUCCCCAACGCCGCCAACGUCACCUGCUUCUACCAGCCGGCUCCUUACGUCUUGGACGGCAACUUCAGCAACUAUUACGUGGCGCAGGUUCAGCCCAUGUACCCGUGUCAUCCCUUCCUUCCCCAGCGUUACAUUCCUCCUCAGCACCAUCCCAUGUACGCCACCUGGUUGCCCUGUAACUGAACUCUGCUGCGGUGCUGGUGGAAUCUCGAGAAAGGGAUGACUGGUGAUGGGUUGAUCUCUUUUCUUGAGAUGGGCAAUUGAGAGAAGGAAGUAUGGGAAGCAAAAUUAGAUAAAAGAAGAUAAUAAGUACUCAAGGGAAAUGAGGGAACCUGGAUCAGGGCAGUGGGCCAGAAGGGUUUUCCCUGGGUCAGAGUGCCACAGCGGGAGGAGCUGAGCACGAGAUGGCAGCGAGGCUGACCCAUCACCUUUUAGGGUUCUCUCACGGAAGAUCCAUUUGGUAGACCAUCGGCCUACGACCACAUGUUUCUUCUCUGUUGUGAGUUACGGCUCAGAGGAACUCACAUUUGAAAUGACUACCAUGUGAGGUCCACAUCCUCUUUACAUGGGAAACCAAAACUAUCUCGCGUACAGCCCGCAGAGAGCCGGCGAGGACACGCAGGACACGCUGAAGAUGCCGAUUCGUGGCGAAUCGCCGGCCAGCUUCGGGACCUCGUCCGUGUGCACUGUGUUUGCGUAGGACUCCUGUUCACAGACAAUGCACAAUGAGGAAUUGGAGACUGUUUACAAAUCCAAAGAUCUACUUUGAUACUCACCUUUAUCUGAUUUCUGAGACAACCAAAAAAACAAACAACAAAACAAUGCAUGCUUUAAGUGCCUAGAUAAAGCCUGAAGGAAAGGGGUGUUUUUUUGUGAUUCUUUAUCUGUCGGGUCGUCUAAUUGUUCGACUGUACAUUCAUUAUCACCUUGAACAUCAGAGAGUUGGACACAGUGAGGUUUCUUACGUAGAAACAGAUUUUAGAUAAACAAAUUAAUUUUUUUGGACCAUGUUUAGCUGAAGACAUUGCUCUUAUCUGAUUACCAAAAAGAGGAAGUAGCAAGAUAAUCUGUAGAGAGGGGGGGAGGGUGGAGAUUGAGUCAAAAAUGCUUAUGAAAGUAAAAUAGAUGGUGAUUUUGAGAGAAAUAAGCAGUGAAAAAAUUAGGUUUGGCAACAAGAGAGAAUAAACUGCUCAUAUCUGCACUUCUAUUAGAUCGCCAAAUAAGGCGAUGAAGGGCUCCGCUUGAAACGCUAUUCAUCACACACUGUUAUCAUCUGUGGGGGAUGAAGAAGUGUAUUUGGAUUUAAGAAAGUUCUGCACCUAAUGCUUUUCAAUAUGUCAAAAACUGAUGAAUGCAAAGUCAUGAACAGAUCUGGGAUAAAAAACUCACUUAAAAGGUGCCCUGUGAAGUUUUCAUGUGAAAAGAACUAAAGUUGUGUUUACAUUUAGUCUCGCCAAAACGCAUUGUGUGUGUGUGUGUUUUUGCAAUACUUUUUAAUACCACAAAAGUGUUAAGUGCACUUUCUUCCUCUUGCUAAGAUGAUUUUUGGAAUAUUUUAAACGGAGCAGGCUUCUUUUUCACUGCUUUUCAUGGCAGGAUGAGUAAACCAUGAAAUAUUGUACAAUUUAAGGGAGGAUAUAAAUGAUCCUGCUCGCAUCGUUGCACAUAUUCAUGGAUGUCAGGGGCCCACGGGUCAAGAAAUUAAUAAUUAAAUAACCUUUUUUUUAAUUCGUGGUCAAAAACUUUACAGGGCAACUUUAAGUUUUUAAACAAAUUUUAAAAGCACCAAUGUGUUUGAAACGGGGACAACCAGUUCUCUCAAAUUAAACUGGCACGUUAUUAUUUUCUUCUUCCGAUCAAAUAUACAAAAUGAAAAAUUUUCAAUGCAGUUCAGUUUUUUUGAAUGCAGUUUAAAAAUAUUUUGACAUGCUGUCAAAGAUGUGUAUCCAUUUUAGUGUUCACAAAUCUGCAGGACAAAACAAAGGGAAUGUUUGGCGGUGGGUCGGAUGUCGGAGUAGAAGCAUCAUACUGGCAGUCAGGGGAAAACAUUUUCAGAGAAUGUUCCGCAUGCAGUCAAAAAAAAUUCAAUAAAAUAUAAGAAUUUGGAAAGUGUGGACAUUUGGCCUGCGUGAGCAGAUCAUGGUUAUUUAAAUGGAUAAGCACCGGACAAUGAGGAAAUAAAGCAAACAAAUGUAGAGUACAAAUCAAGCCCAUCACGCUGAUAUUUGAAGAAAAUUUGUUUUUUUAUGACGAUCAUGGGAUGGAAAAAACAGGUGAACAAGUGCAAGACACUCAGCGUAUUCUCUCAAACAUGUCAGAUCUCAUAUUUUUCUAUCAAUCUCUAGUUUUGUACAGUUUGCGUUUGGCUGACGGAGCAGGCGGAUUCAAAGCUGUGUGGUGUUUGGUGGUGUGAGUGUGUACAUGUGGCGGCUGGAGGGCAGCUGGACAUGGCGGCGAUGCCGAGAUGCGGAUUUAUCUUGUGUUCAUUGUAUGCCUGCACCGAGCUGUUCCAUAUGGGUGUCAUGUUGCUCUAACGAGAUUGUUUCACUGUCCGACUUGUUUUUAAACUGCUGUCCUGUGUGGACAUGAACAUAAUGUUCUGAUAAUUGUGUCCGAGUUAACAAACUUGACUAUUAAAAAAGCACCAAAAACAAAGACGAGCAGGCGA